AUGGACAAGAGCGUGAUCAAAUUCAACCACUGUGACAAGGACAUCUUUUGUUUUUUCGUCCCGGAUCAGUGUCCUGAAUGUGGCGUUAGUUUCAGCGGGAAGAGGCUGGAGGAAGCACCGGUCAGCAUUCCCAACCCCUUCUCCAACGGACACAAAGUCCCAUGCGCUUUUCUCGUGGCGUCGACAGAAGACAAUGUGCUCAGGGACUUUGAUGGCCGCUCUGAUCUGCACACAGGAAUUACUAACACCAACGGAAUAGUCUACAACUACACAAAGGCCGGUGUUCAGCGAGAGCAUCAGGGGUGGGAGCGCUGCAUCUGUGUCCCGCUGGUCCAGCCCGACAUGUUCAGUCUGAUGAGCCAGUGGGAUCAGUAUCUGGAGAAGUUCUCCUCCGCUCAGAUGUGGGAUCCUCUGUGGCAAAGCUUUAAUGAGGAAACGCACAACUGCUACAGCUACACGCUGACCUUCAUCAACUGUGUGCUGGCCACGCAGUCCAAGCGAGCCCUGAGCAAAGACGAGUUCACGCAGUCGUUCGUCCUGCCUCGGAUCAAAAGAGCUUCCAAGUACAUGAUGUUGUGCCGCGAGAUUUCCCAGAAUCACUUCUACAUCGUCGACAGCCCGCGGAGAAACUCGCAGGAGAGUCCGAGUGAGGAGGACGAGGACAGCAAGAGCAACUGAGCCUCACCGAUUUCCUGUUAUUUAAUCAUUUAUAUAUCUUGUAUCAAGGUGAAAUUUGAUUGAAUGAUGUCUAAAUGUGCCUGUUAAUCUGUGCUGUCAUGAGCUGAAAUGCCACUUUUGUAAAGCUUCUGAAAGUCAGACAUGAUACUUCAGCUGAACCUGAGACUGAAUGUGACUUAAGGCCCGUUCACACCGAGAACAACAACAUCAUCAGCAUCCACACCAAUGCACCAGAUCGGUCUGUUUAUUGUAAGUGCUGCAGAUUUGGCAUUUGUCGCUUUAAAUGCUCGAGCUCUGAAUUCUGAUUGGCUGUCAAUGAUUUUUUAUUGGUCAUCAGCUGUGAAUGUGAUUCCAACAAUGUUGUUACUCUGUGUCAUUAUCAUCUUAUUUUAAAUUCAGAACGAUUUUUAAAACGAUAACUUCGUCAUUAUUGUAGUUGGUGUGAACAGGCCUUUCAUGCAGAAUUUUAAUGUUCUGUUCACAUUCAUGCAAACAUUCAAGCCGCUUUUCCACCGUCAGGCCAAACCGUUCUCAUUGCUGUUGAAUGCUCGAAUCUGAUUGGCUGACGAACGUUCUAAGGCGUGCAAUUAUUUUCAGGGAAAUGCAUGGCUAAAGUAGUUCCAGGCAGAUCUUGACCGCAUUACAGUUCUAUAUCACUUCACCAAAUGAUUAUUUCAAACAGCAAAAGAACCAAAACCCACGACAACGACCUAUGGAAGCCCGUUUCC